UUGUGAUUGCAUAGUUAGCCGUCACCAGUUGUUCAGUUACCAUUUAUUUCAGUAUAAUGAAUAUAUACCGAAUUGAUUUUAAAUCGUUUUAACAUUGAUGUCAUGUUAUGAUUGCCAACAAAUAAACGAAGUUGUUCGAUAUGUGUUAAAAAUCACGACAGAUUAAAAUAUAAUUUGAUUUAAUAUUUUUUGUGAUAAAAUGCAUACAUACCAUUGUCAAUACCGGUAGUGUAUACUAGAUACGCCCACAACACAUUAAGUGUAUUUGCUUUUAUGAAAAUUUUAUGAAAAUUUAAAAAAAAAAGUCUUAUCAAAAUAAAAAGUUCGAAACGUGCUAUUAUUUUAAUUGCUUUGAAUUAAUUGUAAGUAAUGAAUUGUGACACUUGAUAAGGCUAUCUAUUUCUUCAUCUCUAAAAUACGAUUGAUAUAUAGUGAGGAUUAAUUUUUUAUACACGUGCAAAUUUUCAACGCACAUGUAUAUUUGUUAAAUAAAAUAUAAUAAAUAAGGAAUGGGAAUUGACAGUAUGAGAGUCGGAGGAGGCCGAUGUCCUCCUCUCCUCGUUGGAGGACUUCUCGUUGCUUGUUUAAUGCUCAUUUGCAACUGGUGGACUUUAUCUUCUGAAAAUAUCGAAUUAGUUAGACAGAUUGACGAGUUGAAUGAACAACUUAAAAUUAGUGCUGAAGAAAGAGAUCAAUGUGUUACAUUACGUGGAAAUUUAGAACAAAGAUAUAAGCAUGCAGAAGAUGAAGUAGCAUCACUUCAUGUACGUUUGGAACAACAAGCAGAUUUAAAGGAAAAAAACGAUAAAUUGGAAGAUUCUGUUAAUAGAUACAAAAAUGAUUUAGAUUUAUUGAAGUUAAAUAUUACUAAAACUGCCACUUUGGAGACAAGGCAGGAAAAAAAUAAUUUUAAUAUAGAAUUAAAUUCAACACGAGAAAAAAAUAAAAAACUACAGGAGGAAAUAGAACAGUUGAAAAAUGAUCUUGAUAAAAUUAAAUCUACAUGUAAUCUAACUACUCAAAAAAAAACUGCAUUUAUUCCACAAACUACAAGAGAAGUAAUUAACAAGAUUCAGUUGGAUCCUGUUCCGGAAUCAGCUGUAAGAAUAUCUUUAGCUGGUCAACGUGGUUUGAAAUACCAUGGAAUUCCAAUUCUUCCAAAAGAUCCACCUGGCGCUGUGCGCCUAAAACCUCGCUUCUCUGUUACAAUGCCGAAAGUUCAGAUAAACUCAAAAAUCCAAAAGAAUAAUGAUUCAAAUGGAGAUAUGGAUGACAAUCCAGAUCCUGAAAUUAGUAAAACAGGAAAUAGAGGAACAGAUAGCAAUGUAAUAGAAAGUGGGAGAGAUCAACAUACAUCAAAUGGAAGACUCAAUGGAGACUGAUAAUGAAUAAUUAAAAAAUAUUUCAUACAAUGAAUAAAAAAUAUGUCGAUCAUUUAUUAAAUAUAAUUAAAUUAUAAAUAUUUUCAAAACAAGAAAUGUUUUGAAUCUUUUGUAUAGUUAUAAUCAUUAAUUUAUAAGUAAUAAUAGAAAUUUGAAAAUAAUUUGCAAUCUUUUAUAGUGCAAUUAUAAAAAACAAAAUAUAUAUUUUUUAACAAAAUAGGAAAGGAUUUCUAAGAUUAUAUAAAUAUUAAUUUAUUCCAAUUAUUAUAGAAUAUUAUAUAUAUAAAUUUUUAAUUUUGUUCAUUAUAUUAUUAUUAAAUUUUUUUAUCAAAUUGAAUGUAAAUAAAUAAAAUAAAUGUUUUUAAUAUCCUA